AUGUCCACGAGCAGCGGAGCGCCAGAUGCCAACGCCGAUAUGUUGCUGAGGAUUGAGAGAAUACAGAAUCACAAGAACGUACAGGGGUUGGUCCUAAUAAAUGCUGAGGGCAACCCCGUACGUUCGAAUAUGGACAAUUCCACAUCGCUGCAGUAUACUCGUCACACUGAGGAGCUGAGAGCUAUCACACAGCAUGUUAUUCGAGAUCUUGACCCAGAGGACGAUUUAAUCGUUCUUCGAAUUAGGACACGUCUCAACGAAAUAAUGGUUCUUCCAGAACUAAACAACAACAGUAAUUACCUCUUUUAUGGUCAUAUAAGGGAAUCUUUCGUCACCUACUUUGAUAUCAUUGAGCGUUUGACGGGCAUAAAUCGCUCCAGUCAUGCUAUUGGAUGUCUAGUUGUUAUUAUUGUGGUGCUCCUGAGUAUCCUCUGA